AGCCAACAGCAGCGUUGUGUGGCAUAGUGCAAGACUCUCAGCUCCAAGCAAAAGUUAACCAAAAGAGAAAGUGCGUUUUGUCGAUUUGUGUGCGGUAUAAAAGCCAACAAAGUGCUCAGUUCUCUAAGGACUAUACAAGAACAAGUGCAACAAUAACAACAACAGAAACAAUACCAACAAGCAAUAAAAUGGCAAACAAUAAAGUUAUUUUCGGUGUCUUGUGUUUGGUCACACUGACCGCUGCUCUCCCCGCCGAGGAAACGCGCGGACAUGCGCGCAAUGCCAUCGGCGCUGAGAACGACAUUAUGGAUAGCAUCUAUAGCGACUGUCUACGCAAGGAUUCGGUGUCGUGCGUCAAGUACAAGCUGUUCAACUUUGUCGACAAGGUGCUCGGCGCUCGCGACCAGUUUGCCCUGACUGAGGGCGUGACUGUGGUGCGUUCUUCGGAUGCGCCAGCACAAGAAGCCGCUCGCUCCAUCUCUGGCGAUGAAUCGUUCGAGUCACUGGCACUCAAUCGCAUCAGCAGCUUCCUCAACUCGCACACCAUCAAGGUGGAGCUGAAGGGAGCCGACAUUGUGCAGGCUGUUAGCUCGACUGGACGCGCUCUCGAAGAUGCCUCUGAGUCACUGUUUGGCAGCAAUGAUCCCAAUGCGCCUGAGGAGAGCCGCGGCAAGAAGAAGAAGGCCGCCAAAAUCUUGGGCCCCAUUCUGGCUCUGGUUGCCCUGAAGGCCGCCGCUCUGUUGCCUCUGCUGCUGGGCGCCAUCGCUUUGAUUGCCGGCAAAGCUCUGCUCAUUGGUAAGAUCGCUCUGGUGCUGUCGGCCGUCAUUGGGCUGAAGAAGCUGUUAUCGCAGGAGAAGCACGUCACCUACGAAGUGGUCGCCCAUCCCCAUCACAGUGCCAGCCACUCGGUCAGCCACGACUCAUAUGGCAGCGGUUACAGCGCCGAUGCGGGUGCCUCCUCGGCCUCAUAUGGUAGCAGUGGUCAUGGUGGCUGGGGACGCUCCAUCGAUGCCCAGGAUCUGGCCUACGGUGCCCAGAAGCCUCAGGCUUAAACGACGACACAGUCAGGAACCACUCAAACCACAAAAUAACCAUUCAACCACAACCACAAUCACACGAACACGAACCACAACAACCACUGAUUUGAGCGACAUCGCUCACACACAGACUCUUGAAGAGGAACACAUAUUACUUAUCGUUCGUUUUAAUUAUUUAUUAAUAUAAUUUAUUUUAUUUAUUUUUUCACACGAAAAACGCAAAGAGCAGAAACUAAGCCACAAAGUAAACAAAUCACAAAUCACAAAUGUUCAGCUAAACGACAACGUAGCGAAAAGAGAAGAAGAAUAAUGCAAAAAUAUCCAGAGCCACUUUAGGUUUGUGCAUUUAGUUGCUUUAUAUGCAUGCAUUCAUAAACACAUAGAUACUUCGAUGUAUUCGUAACUUUUAAAGCUAAAGUUAAGUUUGUAAAAAAAAAAAAACACAAAAGCGAGAGUUGAAGUCGGUACCUUAUGCAAAUGUUUCAAAUACUCAUAAGCCCAGGCGGCGACUCCGAGCAGCGUUUAGCCUUAGGUCUAAGCUGGCACAAGGACUUCCGCACACACACAUACACACAUACACCUUAUCAUCCACAUACACAUACUCUGUAUCAAUCUAUCGCUGUUUCUUACGAACGCACAGUCUCUUUCACAAUCUCUGAGUCACACAUUCUCUAUGGCUCUAUCAAUCUAUCUAUCGCUAUCACUGUCUAUCACAUACUUACUAUCCAUCUAGAGACUAUACCAAAACUUUGUUGGUUGCCAUGCAACUGUUUGAACUAUCUAACUAAUGCUAUGCUCUAUCAUACUCUACAUUAUGCUAUUCUGUACUCUAUACAUGCAAUUCUAGUCUUACAUUACAACAAUAGCAACUACAGCAACAACAGCAAGCAUGCCUACUACUAGCUUUAACUCAACUAUAUCUAAUGUCUAUCAGUAUCUUUCACACAAUCUAUCUGAACUCAUCUAUCCAUCUAUGAAUCUGUCUUUCGAGUCAUAGUUUUGGUCAUAUUUACGCCAUAACUUGCCAUAGUUUUUCUGCCCUAAUGCACACAAAACUGAACUGAACUCAGCAAAACUAUAAUUUCCAUUUCUAUUUUCCACUAUAACUCUUCAACUUUCUCACUCCAUUUUACAACUUCAUUUCUCAGCAUCUCACACAGUAUUUCCUUUAUUUCUAUCUCUCUUUCUCUUUCUUCAUCUCUCUCUCUCUCUCUCUCUAUUUCUAUAUCUGUCCUUUUUUCUGCUACUAUUUCUGUCUUUUCUGUCACUAUCUCACGCUCUCACCAUUUCUUCAGCUCUGUCUAUAUGCUGUCACUUUCAAACGAUCUACUUUCCAACAGCACGCACGUACGUUCUCUGUAACCAUAGUUCACUGUAGUAAUUUUUCUGUUUGUUACUCAUGCAAUUGUAUUUGAAAUAUCAGCGAUUUGGUCGGCAUUUGUUUUGGCUUUAUGAUUUUAACUUAUUUUUAUUAAACUUAAAAAUAUUUGUUUAAAUCAUUUCAAAACUUUAAGUCGUCAACUUUGAUUUAAAUACAUAUGCUAAGCAGAUUCGAACGGCACUUUUACAUUAUAGGAACUACAGUUAGAAGCAUAGAAUCUGCAGAAAUGGGCAACUCACAGAAGAAACAAAAACACAUAAAUCACAAAUCACAAAUCACACACAAAGAAUGUAAAUCUCUUUUAUACAGCAUAUUUUCUCUGUAAUAAAUGCAUGUCAUUAAAGAA